CUCUUCUAUGGUUAGUAGGCAGCUGCAUGAGCAGGAGCCAGUAGGCAUGAUAAGCAAAUCGUACGAUAAAGUUUGUUGUAUAUUCAUAAAGGUCGAGCUUGACCGAUGGAGCAUAAGCCCUUUGUUCGACCACGGCGACCACCGUUUGAAUGAACGCAGGAAAGUCGACACGAGGUCAACAAACUUCGGACAAGUCCAUCAUUACAGGGGUGUAUGCGUGAGACGGCGUAUUCGUGAACGUUUAUGUAGAUGAAUCAACUUAAUUUGUUAUGAUACUUGAAGCCAAUCGUAUAGCUGGUCAUAGAGAUCAUUUUUAUAAUCACUGGAGUUUUAUGUAUCAUUGAAGGUGUGUAUUUUGUACUUGGUUUGAUCUACAGCAUCAAGCACCACCCAUUUCAUGAACUAUAGAUCACGGAGCCAGUUUUUUGUGGGGUAUACUAGGCGAUGAACGCAUAGUCCUGAUCGCUAUGCAAAUACUACGGCAAAAUUCCAAGCAGACGACAAACACGAUUACAUAAUAUGGAGCAUGAAAGAAAUCUGACAAACAGAUAUAUCCAAUGAUUGUGAGAAUUUGCUUAUCGGCCCGGUAUCGUGUUCGUCGAAGGUUUAGAAAAUAGGAAAACUUUAAUACUAGUGAAACACUAGCAACGACGCUAUCCUCGCGGGUGGUUCUCCCAUAUUUGUGCGCAAAAAUUGAUUAAUCUAUCGAAUCAAAAACAUUUUGGGAUACUUUGUCAGUUGAGGAAAUUCAAACACUAUUACAUCGUUUUGCCAACAUGUCUCUGCCUUUUAUGAAACAUUUAGAGGAAAAUUUCGAUGCUGAGAAGCAACAUGUAUGGUUCGCUCAUAACUGGUGGCUUUCCUGUGCCUUCUCCGCCAUCUACUUCGUCGGUGUCUUCGCCGGUCGGGCAUGGAUGGAGAAUCGGCCAAAGUUUGACCUCCGCGGGGCCCUCACUAUUUGGUCCGGCUGCUUGGCCAUCUUCAGCAUCAUCGGUGCAGUGAUCACCAUUGGCGACCUCGUGGAUUACGUAACCCGAACCGGAUGGCACGGCUCGAUAUGCGAUGCAACCAUCUUCGACGGCCGUAUCGGACUCUGGACAUGGCUCUUCAUAAUGAGCAAAGCCCCAGAACUUGGUGAUACUCUUUUCAUCGUACUUAGGAAACAAAAGUUGAUUUUCCUUCAUUGGUAUCAUCACAUCACGGUUCUCAUCUAUUCGUGGUACUCGUAUCGUGAUCAAAUCGCUCCUGCUCGUUAUUUCAUCGUGGCCAACUUUACAGUGCACGCAGUCAUGUACAGUUACUACGCGCUACGAGCAUCCGGCGUCGUCAAAAUCCCGCGCCAAGUCAAUAUUUCUAUCACUCUUAUGCAGCUUAUUCAAAUGGUGAUUGGGUGCGUCGUCAACAUCUACGCCCUUUUACAACUGAACUCGGGAACGCGUUGCGAUACGACGUACCAAAAUGUCGCCUGGUCGCUUGCCAUGUACUUCAGCUAUUUCGUGCUCUUUGCACAAUUCUUUUAUAAAACCUAUCUGACGCCUUCUCCGAAGAAAGAUACCUCGAAAUAUCGGUAUUCGAACGAAAUGAACGGCAAUCAUCAAGUCAAGAUGGAUUAAAUGAAUGUCUAAUGAAUGGUGGAGGAGGAGGACCUAUUUCAACCAUAUAAUCUUCAUCUUACCUCAAUGAACUGCAUUCAGAGGUCGUUUGAUAGGCCUAGUAUGAUGACCGUCAUGAUAUUGUGGAUGGAGAACAAGGUUAAGCUUCCAGAACUCUCCAAGUACGACGAGUUUAGAGUACUGUGACUGCCCUUGGACGCCGAAAGCGAAGGAUCUCAACACAGGACAGGUCUGAGGGAUGGCAUAAUAUUAUUUACAUGUAUAUCUGGGUAUAUUCUUGAUAGCAUUCCCUUGAUGCAGGUGAACACGAUGAGUUUGGACAACAUUGCGCUCGAUACAGAAUGCUGUUGUCGACGAGGUCUGGUAGUCGCAAGUGCCCAACGAUACCACCCGAGUCAUAAAACAUAAUGCAGAUAGAGCCCAUUGGUGAUAUUGGUAUUUUUAUUCUGUAGAAUUAGUGGAUACUAGUGGGUAACAGGGGGUAUUAGAUUUUAUUAAGUUAACAUCACUUUAACACCGUUUCAACAUCAUAGCUUUUUCUUCUGACUUCCUGGAAUCUCAGAAAUGACAUUUCUUUUAACAUGAAACAGAAUGGACUUUUUUUGGCUUUACGUUCCUGCUUUCAAACUAUAUAAAAAUACCUUACGCAAUAUACGAUCCCCUGAUAUCGAAUAGUCAAAGAAAUGAUUUGUAUUCACUUCGCCUCUGUUAUUGUAAGGAACUCUAUUGAAAUGUUUUUAAAAAUAUUUGAUAGAUACGAACUUUGAGCUGUUGGGAGCCUAUAUAACAAUUGACAGAUGACAAAAUGCCACAAUAAAUGUCAGUAUACGUAGGCUUCGUUCAAAAAAUUCUUUCACAUUUGCCAUAAGGUCCCUUUGAAGGUGACCUUUUGAUAUUUCAUAGAAUACAUGUCACGAAUGACUAGUAUUUGUUUGUACAUCACUCUGCUUAAAGUACGUUCAAGUCAAAUGUUUAGAGAUAUUCAAGGUGUUAAUGAUUAACUUUCAAGAACGUCGUGCAAUCUACGGAACUUCUGAUAAUACAAAGUCAAAUAGUUAAAUUUGUGUCUUAAAAUAAGUAAAUGGGGAUUAGGAAAAUGAAGGCAAUAUUAUUUUUACGUAUAACCAAGCAUGAAAAAAAAAUGUAUACAUGGGACCUUGCACAUGGUGUGGUGUUGGUUCCGACUCUAUAUACAUAUAAUUUUUAAUAAGUGGGUCGUAGAUUAAUCCAAGCACGACAUUAAUGUUUUUUGGGCAAAGCAUCAAUCAGCACAUUACUACUGUCCACUCAGUGCCACCCAGAAACGGGGUAUUCUCAUAAUUUUAUCAGUUUUUACUAUAAAUAUAAAUAAGAAAAUCCCUUUACGGAGAAGGGAGUGGGUGUACCUAAAGACAACAUAGUCUUUAGUCAAGGAAUAUAAUUUGAGCCACUGAUGUUUAUACCUUAUUUUCCAGCUUAUUGUAUUGUUUAUUUUACCCAUAAUCAUUACUCAUGUUCUUAAGAUUUAUUAUUUUUAACAUUAAAAUGAACUCACAAUAGAAAUAAGACACUUUUUCUAUAAUGAAGGAAUAUGUAGUCACGAUCUUGCUGUAUCUAAAUAAAUUACAAUCUCUUUA